UUCCCUCUAUAGCCUCAUUCCACCCAUCUUAGAAAUUCUUUAUAUAUCUCUUGAAAUUUUGCUAAAGAAAUAAGUAUUCAUCAAUAAUGGCUGCUUGUCUCCCAAUUUUCCUCUUGCUACUUACUUACUCUUUCUCAGGAAUAUUGGCAGAGGGCUGCAGUGGAAACAUGAACAACUUUCACACUAUGAUGAACAAGGUGAAUUCAAGAAAACUGAUGGUGCAUGAUACAAUAAUGGAUUAUGAUGAUGCUGGGCCAAAUUCUAAACAUGACCCUCCUAGGAAAGGAAAACCUGCUAAUGGUGGUGGUGCCAAGAAUCCUUAAAAAUGCUCGUCUUUCUCUCGAUGAUCCAUUUAAUAAUAACAAUGUAUGUGUGUUUUUGAUUAAUUUGUUUUUGCUACCUGUGUGUGUGUGUUCUUGAGUGUUGUUGAUCAUCUAGCAGUUUGUCAGUGUUGUUGAGUGGUGAUCAAAUUAAGCUCUGUCGUUU